UGGGCAAUAGGGGGGCACGGACUGAAAGGACAUUAAUGCUCACUGCAAUCUCCCAUUUAAAAAUCCACUUCCUCCCAAGCCAACCACUGGUUUGGGUGUCUUUUUCUGUCCGUUUCAUCUGUCAGUCAUUAGCAUUCCACAGAUGUUAAGUACAUCUAAACAGAGCAAGAGAGAGAGAGCGAGAGAGAGAGAGAGAGUGUAAAUCUUGGGACGAAGAGAGAAUAAGACCAUUCAGUGAGUAAUUUUUCCUCUGUGCAGACUUCCAGCUGAGGAAAGCCAAUUUUAUAGAAAGCAACUGCUGACUCGGAGCGUUAUCUCUGGUGGCCCAGUGGACAGCUGCAGGAUGGCAAAGGCUCGGUGAGAUUGCAACCGUGUAGGAAAAAACAACUUGGACACGUCAAGUUUGCUAAAAGACCCAAACCCAAAUUCUCCAUAUUUUAUGGGAUUUAUUAUGCAGAAGACUGGGUUAUGAGCUGCGGACUGUGACUAGAGGGAUUUCUACAAGCUGCUUAGACAUCGGGGUACAAUGCAGCUGUACUGGGCACCAUGCAUGGCGCUGAUGUUGUGGCUUGCCGUAUCGUUCAGCUCAGCGCAGAGCGGAGAUGAAGCUCUGGCUGAUUUAGGCUCUGGAUUCCUCCCAACCGCCCAGCACGACCAGCCCAAGGAGCCCCAGCAUCACCCACCGCCCACCAAUAAGUGUCAGAUGACCUUCGUGACCCCGCGCCAGGAGUCAUGCGUGGGGAAGGACAAUGGUCGGAGCAUUAAGGACGAUGUACAGUACCUACAGAACCUUCUCCAGGACCACAACCGGGUUCUGCAGAGUUUGAAGUACACAGUGAACGUUGACGCUCAGGACCUUGGCUACCAGGAGGUCAUCACAGAACAUAAUAAAGGAAUACGAGAGGACAACAAGGAAUUCUACGGGACGCUGAAUAAAGUCAUACUAGAGCUCCACACGCGGAUGGACGACGACGGCUCGGAUAUUCCAGACGAGAAGAAAAAACUGAAUAAAAACUUUCUCAUGAUGGAUCAGCUGCUGGACACCACAUUUCACCUGGCCGAGAAACUGGACAAGGCCUCCCAAGACCUGGACCUCCUAAUGGAAAAACAGCUGGAAAGGACGACCACCUUGGUCUACAGAAACAACCUCAAAUCUUGACCGUCCGCAACUCCGCCAAUGGGCCGCCCAACUUCGCCGCGACAAGAUGGCCAAUUCACUUUCUCUAAAAGAACUUCAAAAUACUGUUUUGAAAUCAGGAGCCAUUUAGAUUAGUAAAUAUAACCAAUGUCGUAUAUUUUUACACAGCCUUCCAGCACCGGCAUCAUAUACUACUAUCCCUCAAUAAUCAUAGAGGGGGAGGGUGACGGAGGACAGAGCGUCUAUACAGAGAGAAGUGAACCACACAGGCAGCAGGAAUUAGAUACUCUGCAGGGGGUCAGAUCACAUGCAGCCUGUUCUUUCUGAGUUUACCCCACAAUACAUUUCAGAGAAAAACAAUAAAAAAAAUAUAAAAAAGCCAAUUUAAACGAUAUAGUUAUCUAAUGUCUAGUUUUUCACCUAUGUUUUAAUGAAAAAAUUAUUGUUUUUAAAAAUGUUUUAUCCUUUAUAAUGAUAUAUAUUGUAUAGACUCGAUGCAGCUAUGUAUGCUCAUAUGAAAGGUUAUCAUUGCUGGUAGUAGUUGUGUUUUACUGUUCCGAUUUACUAAAACUGGUGCAGCUGUGCAUAGUAA